AUGGAAAUGGAUGUUCCUUGUGCUGAGCUUGCAAAAAAGCUUCUUGGUAAAAUACUAUGCAGGAGGAUAAAUGGAAAGACAAUGAAAGGAAUGAUAGUUGAAACCGAAGCAUAUAUAGGGCAGGAAGACAAAGCAUGCCAUGGAUACGGAGGGCGUAAAACAGAACGAAACUCUGCAAUGUAUAUGAAAGCAGGAACAUGCUAUGUGUACAGAAUAUAUGGAAAAUAUGAAUGCUUCAACAUUUCAUCCAUAGAAGCAGGAGCCGGAGUGCUAAUACGGGCUCUGGAACCAUUGUGCGGAAUUUCAGAAAUGAAAAAACUUCGAGGCGGAGGAAUCAAGGAACGAGAUAUCGGAAACGGUCCAUCGAAGCUGUGUAUUGCAAUGGGAAUAACACGGAAAGAAAUUAAUAAAGAGUGGAUCGGAGAUAGUUCAAGAAUAUGGCUAGAGGAGGGUCGGGAAGUUGAAGAUUUUGAGAUUGUUGCGGGGAAGAGAAUAGGAAUUCGGAAUUGCGGAGAGUGGGAAGAGAAGAUGCUCCGAUUCUAUAUAAGAAAUAAUGAGUUCGUUAGCUGUAUUAGAAGACGGAGAUAA